ACCUGCCGGCCGCGCUGCCCGCGGGCACCGCGCGGACUCUACAGUCGGUAUCCCGCUGCAGGCUCUAGACCCUGCCGCCUCUCGGGAGGAAGCCAUGCCGCGCUCCUUCCUGGUGAAAACGCAUUCCAGUCACAGGGUCCCCAACUACGGGAAACUGGAAACACAGAGAGAAGCUAAUGGCUCCUGCUCUGCAUGUGAGGACCUGGUGGGAUCCUGCCAUCUGCCAGCCAAGGAGGCCUAUUCUACUCCCACUGACCCUCUACUGCCCCGGGACAGCACCUCUGCCAUCGCCUGCAUCUCCCUACCUCUUCAGCCGCGUCAUGGGGCCUCUGGGCCAGAAGCUCAGGAAACCAGCUGGGUGGGCCCUCGGGCUGGCCAGGACCCCAGUGUGCCCCUCAAAGACAGCGUCAAUCUGCCCCCGCUGUUGGUGCUGCCCACACGGUGGCCCCCAAUCCUGGGCCCAGAUGGAGCACUAGGUGAACAUCUAAGGGCUGAGGGAACAUCCCGAGUCCCAGGUAGCUUUGAGUGUGUCCACUGCCACAGGCCCUAUCACACACUGGCCGGCCUGGCCAGGCACCAGCAGCUGCACUGCCACCUGCCGACUGGGCGUGCCUUCACCUGCAGGUACUGCGACAAGGAGUAUGCCAGCCUGGGUGCCCUCAAGAUGCAUAUCCGUACCCACACGCUGCCCUGCAUCUGCAAGGUGUGUGGCAAGGCCUUCUCCAGGCCCUGGCUGCUCCAGGGCCACAUCCGCACCCAUACAGGUGAGAAGCCCUACACUUGUCCUCACUGCAGCAGGGCUUUUGCUGACCGCUCCAACCUGCGUGCUCAUCUGCAGACUCAUGCUGGUACCAAGAAGUACCGGUGUGCUGUCUGCUCCAAGGCCUUCUCCCGCAUGUCUCUCUUGGCACGGCACGAGGGAGCUGGCUGCUGUCCUGGCCCCUAAGAAGCAGAGCAGGGUGAAGGGGCCAAGUCUGACAAUAGUCUCAGUGCUCCUAUGUCAUCUAGGACAAUCAGAGGAGGCAGGGACCGAGCCCACUGAUGCCUGUGUCCUGCCAGAACCAUGCCCAGUAGAGCCUUUAGGCAUCUUUCCACAAGGCCUCUGUUCAGAGGAGACUUAUCACCACAAGGCUCACCAAAAUAAGAACCAAUGGUUGCAUUUUCAGCUUGGCCUGUCUGCUGGACCUAUUCCAAAAAGGAGAGACUGUUGGGAAAUGCCUAACAGUGGACAAACCCCACCCCAGCACCUGGGUACCUCUGUGUGCAACUUAAAAUGCCCACUUUCACUUGAGGGGGGUACACUGUGUGGAUACCCUUGGAAGGCACAGCUGCCUCUCAGCCUGCCUCACUGGCCUUUACCUUAGGGUUGGAGUCACAUUUUCUCCUGCCCCUUGUGUCCACACAUAUGUGUACAUGUGAUCACACAUAUGCCCUGGCUCCUCCCCUUCAGAUGAGGCAGGGCCAGGGAGGAUUGGGCUGAAGCCGUGUCCCACCUCAUCAGCGCUGUCAUCCUGCUGGCCUCAGUGGCUGGUUAACGUCUCAGGAGAACAGCUGUGGCGUAAUAAAGAGCCCCCACACUCAC